AUGUCAGAGUUACACGAUCUUUUGAAGUUUGCUGAAAGACCAGUUGGUUCUGGAUAUUUGGAAAAAUUGAGAUACUAUUUAUCAAAUGGUAUUCCAAGUACUUAUACAGUUGAACAAUUGAACAAUUAUUUGGAAGGUAAGGAAGAUGAUGAAUGUAAUGGUAGUAACACUACACCUUUGCAUGUUUUAGCUAAACAUUUGCCUGAAAACAUUAAUGAUGAGGAAGAGAAGGUUAUUCUUGAAAUGAUGAAUACAUUGUUUGAGUAUGGUGCAGGAUGGAAUUUUAUUGAUGCAGAAGAUAAAACUGUUGGUGAUCAUUUAAUUGAUAGAGGAUAUGGCAUUGACAGUUUGUUUUAUCGUAGAUUAGUUGAAGCUGGUGUCAGUGCUGAGUUGUUGUUACGUAAAGUGAAUGAAAAUAUUGAAUUCCUUGAGGAACAGGAAGAUGAUGAAGAAGAAGAGGUACUUGAAGAAGUUAAGCCAGAACAGGCUGUUGCUGUGAAUUCUGAUGCCACAGCUAAUGAACCUGAAGUGUUCCUAUCGACAGAGUUGGAGUAUCGUGAAAAUGCAUUGGUGACCAAAGACGAACAAGAUGGUGUUAUGAUGGAUUGGGAAGAUGAGAUUAUGAAAAUGUCAGCUAAAAGUUUGUUAAAGACAGUCAAUAACAGCGGUGAUGGCGAUGAUAAUGAAAGCAAAAAUGUAUUAAACAUUGGAUUUGGUAUGGGUAUAAUUGAUGGAUAUAUUGAAGAGUAUCGUGAUGAAGAUACCAAACAUUAUAUAUGUGAAGCACAUCCUGAUGUGUUGGCCAAGAUGAAGGAAGACGGAUGGUUUGAUAAGAAGGGAGUAGUUGUAUUGACAGGUAGAUGGCAAGACGAAUUGAAUAAGAUAAUAGAUGAAGGCGGCAUAUAUUUUGAUGGUAUUUAUUAUGAUACAUUCAGUGAAGGGUAUGAAGAUAUGAUUGAAUUGUAUGAUAAUAUAGUUGGGUUAUUGAAACCAGAUGGUAUAUUUUCAUUUUUCAAUGGUCUUGGUGGUGACAGACAAUUAUGCUAUGAAGUUUAUAAAGAAAUAGUAUCAAUUGACAUGAAGAACUAUGGGAUGAGAUGUGAAUAUAGAGUAGUACCAGUUGGGAUAAAGAGUGAAGGCAAUGGCGAUAAAGGUAAAGGAGGGAUAGAAGAACCUAAUUGGCAAGAUAUCAAACGUUCGUAUUAUAACAUACCAUAUUAUUACCAUCCGGAGAUCCAAUUCAUGUGA